AUGUCUUUCAACCAGGUCACCGCCACAUCGCUCACUCCAUCGCGCCCAGCACCGCCAGCACCAGGGCGGCGCGGCGUAGACACACCCAACUACAUCUCCAACAACUCCCUAGGCACCUCUGGCUACAGUUCGUCCUUCAAUUUCACGCCAGCAUCGCCAUCUGGGUCGUCUUAUGCGUCUGCGUACUCUGGGAUCGGUGGGUCGCCGAAUCGGGGGCUGGAGGGAAUGGGCGAUUCGAUAGUGAGGAGCGGGUCGGUGAGCUUGAAGGAGGACAGCUUUGGCAAUUGGCUCUUCCAGCGUAAGCACCUCAUCCUCAAGGAUCAGACGUUGUCAAUUCAUAAAAGCGAGUCGGGGCCGCCACAAGUGAUAAUACACCUUCGUGACAUCGCGAAUAUUGAGCGGAUAGACAUGAAACCAUACUGUCUUCUGCUAGAGUCCAAGGACCGUCGAUAUUUCAUAUCGUUGAAGAACGACGAAGAGCUGUAUGGGUGGCUUGACGACGUUUACUCGAGAAGCCCGUUAAUGGGGGUUAGCAACCCAACGAAUUUUGUUCACAAGGUGCACGUUGGUUUCGACCCUGUGUCCGGAGCAUUCACUGGCAUGCCCGAACAAUGGAGCAAACUUCUGACAAAAUCAGCGAUAACAAGGGAAGAUUACGCAAAGGAUCCCCAAGCUGUGCUUGACGUUUUGGAGUUCUACACGGAUCAUCAGAAACGCGAAUUGGAGGACAUGUCUUUAGGUGCGCCCGCUCGCUUUGGGGCAGGGACUGGAUUUGGCGGCGCUGCCAAACUCUCGAGUGAGAAUGGGAGAUCAGGCGCAAAGCGGCAAGAAACGUCACCACCGGGCCUUGGAGGAGAUAGCGACAACCUUCCCAGUGCCGCAGCGCGAGCAGCCGAAAUAGUCAAGGAGUCGCAUGUCGCCAGUGCUAUUUCGACUGUGCAAGGACCACGAGCCCUUCCCAACCCCACACUUCCGCAAGCUUCUCGUGCAGCUCCUCCUCGACCUCUCAUAUCCGCCACUAGACCUGCACCGCCUGCUCCUCCUUCUGCAAACCUUAAGCCUGACAUAACGCCACUUGCGUCUGACCUACGUGCACGUGCGAAAGCUCAAGGACCACCCACAACAACAGCUGGCGGAAUAAUACCUCAGCGCAGCGAGUCUCUACCGUCGGAGCAGCAGAGGCAGCAAGAAAGGCAAGAACAGCAAUGGCAACAAGAGCAACAGUGGCAAAGAGAAGAAGAGAAACGCCAACAGCAGAUCCAGCAACAGCAAUCUCAGCAGAACAAUUAUCAAGAAUCUUCGCGACCACAACUUCCGCCGUCCAAAUCAUCUCCUGCAACAUCGACGCCCGCCACAAUGCCCGUCGGGGGUGCCGCAGGCGCCACGGCAGGCCCACCGCCAGUCCUGCCCCUCCAGCCAACUAAGAAGGUGCAGAUCCAGGCGCAGGACAAGCCCGUGAAGCCCAGUGCGCCGGCCGCUGGUGGUGGUGUCGCUGCCGCUGCCGCUGCGCUUGAGAAGCCCAAGGAGAAGGAAAAACGGAUCAGCACAAUGACGGAGGUUCAAAUUAUGGAGAAGCUGAGGCAGGUGGUGUCGGACGACGAUCCCAAGUUGCUUUAUAGCAAGAUCAAGAAGGUUGGGCAGGGUGCCUCUGGACACGUGUACGUCGCCAAAACACUCGCGACAGGGAAGAAGGUGGCGAUCAAGGAGAUGGACCUGUCACACCAGCCGCGAAAGGAGCUAAUUGUGAACGAAAUCUUGGUGAUGAAGGAGUCGCAACACCCCAACAUCGUCAACUUCCUUGAUUCGUAUCUCGUCAAGAGUACUGAGCUAUGGGUUGUCAUGGAGUACAUGGAGGGUGGCGCGUUGACGGAUAUCAUCGAGAACAACACCUUGGAGGAGGACCAGAUUUCGAGCAUCUGCUUCGAGACGUGCAAGGGUCUUGGUCAUCUGCAUAGUCAGAGCAUCAUCCAUCGUGAUAUCAAGUCCGACAACGUUCUUCUGGAUGCUCAAGGACGGGUCAAGAUCACCGAUUUUGGUUUCUGUGCCAAACUAACAGACCAAAAAUCCAAACGUGCUACCAUGGUCGGGACACCCUACUGGAUGGCACCCGAAGUCGUCAAACAAAAAGAAUACGGUGCAAAGGUCGACAUCUGGUCUCUCGGCAUCAUGGCCAUCGAGAUGAUCGAAAAUGAACCUCCGUACUUAGAUGAGGAGCCGCUCAAGGCAUUGUAUUUAAUUGCUACGAACGGCACGCCGACGUUGAAGAAGCCUGAGGCACUGAGCCGAGAGCUAAAGGGCUUCUUAGCGGUGUGCUUGUGUGUGGAUGUGGCUAGUCGAGCGACGGCGAAUGAGCUGCUCGAGCAUGAGUUCCUAAAGAAGGCCUGUGCGGCGUCCGGCCUCGCACCGCUAUUACGAUUCAAGACGGGCAAGCAGGGUUAA